AUGCGGUUCGGCGACACUCCAGAGCUCCCCAGCCCUGACAGGAGAAAGAGAUGGCGAUCCAUCACUCUGCGGCUCUGGUGUGUGCCUCUCCUUUUGCUCGCCGAGGUGGCCUUGAUCAUUGGUAUAGGCACCCUGUUUGCCUUGUCGAGACAGCGAACCGGCUUCGUCGAAGUCGGCUUCGGAGAACGAUCGUUGGAUAUCUCCAGCUUUCCAGGUGCCUUGAGAUGGGGUCAGGGCCUGCUGUGGACAACGCUCCCAGUCCUCAUCAUCGGCUUGUACAAGUUGUUUCGCGAUGCCGUGGUAGCAGCGCUGGUCGUCGAGACCCCAUACAUUGAGCUGGCCCGCACCAGCCGCGACCGCCCCGUGAAAGCCCGCAAGUCGGUCUAUCUUGACUAUCGAUCCUACUUUGCGAUCGUGGCCUGCGGGAAGGCAUGGAAGAACAAGCACUACUUCCUCAGCAUCUGCCUCGUGCUGUCGUUUGUCGAAGCGCUGGGCCUUGUGCCCCUGACGGCGCGUCUGUUCGCAGCCCGCGAGGAACUUCUCCCCAAGGAGGCCACGAUCAACGUCUUGUCGGCCUUCGACACCAGUGCACCUCUCGGGAAUGCCGAUUAUGGCGCCCUCAUGGACGCCGUGUCAGCCUCGUGGAUCAACGAGUCGCCGCUGCCGCGUGGCACUGACGGCGAUUUCGCCUUUAGUCGGAUCACGCCGACGCAGCCUGGGACGAACUUCACGAUCUCGGCGCCCACGAACGCGUCACGCCUGACUAUGGACUGCACAGAGGUGCCAAUGUCAUCGUCCAACCUCAACGUGGUGGAUGAGACCGACAGUUUCGUCACCGUCAGCUUUUCCACCACAGACCGUGGCUGCGAUAUCGAAGGCAGCAUCCCAGCGAGUACCGACGGCGACGACUUUCUCGAGGCCAUAUUGACGAGUAAAUGCCCCGACGCAGCCGGCAACUCGCGCAUCGGGUUCUUCUACGGCGCUGUGUCCACCACGGGUGAUCUCUCGAAUUCUAUCCUCGUCUCCUGUAUCCCGACCUACUGGUCCGCACCCGGCACCCUCACCGUCGUGACGACCAACAGCGCUUUCUCUGGUCGGGUCGUCGAGACGCCCAAGUUCAACGCUUCAAGCUACAACGUCCAGGACCUAGGCAUCCCGGCCCAACAAUUCGAACAGGGCGUCAUGACCGUCCAGACAUUCAACCCUGCAACCUCCAGCGCGGGCAACACGAACGCUCCGCUCCGACUCGCCGAGCUGAUUGUGCGCCGCAUCGAGGCUCUCGGCCAGUCGUACAGCGCCGAAUCUCUCAUCAACGCCACCAACCGCAUCUACCCUGCAAUCUACACGAUGCUGGCCCUGACUUACUUCUACCCGGAGCUGUCCCAACCGGUCGCCAUCACGGGUACAUUGGCCGUGCCUCAGAACCGGUUACAUGUCGUGCCACCCGUGGCGAUCGCCAUGCUCGUCAUCCUCGCCAUCCUGCUCGCCUCGACCGGCUACCUCAUCUUCUACCUACACUACCAUCCGAGCAUCCUGGCGGAAGAACCCGUAGGCCUCCUCGGCGCGGCAAGUCUCCUCCGCCAAAGUAACAUUGCGGAUAUCAUCGAGAAGUACCACCAGCAAGACGACUUUGACGGACGACUGAGCCGGGAAUUGCCCAAAAAUAGCAAUAGCGCGAGCAAGGAGAUGAGCAGCAAGAAGGCGAAGAAGAAGCAGAAGAAGAAGAAGAAGAAGAAGCAGCAUCUAGACGAUCAGCUGAAGGAAACGUGGUGCUGGGUCGAGCGUGGCGAACGGCCUCACGAGCUGAUCAUCAAGAUGGGCCGGCCUGACGAGUCUUGCCACAUGAAGACGGGAAGUGCCGGAGAAGACGAAGAGGAAGAAGAAGGCAGUCAGCGCGCACCACUCGACGAGGUUCCAUUCAGGCCGUCUAACGGGCGGGCGCCAAGUGCGCAGAAUGUCUGGGCCGCCGCAGGUGGUCCUAUGUACGGUCGGAUCCCCGGGCAGGAGCAAGACCAAGAGCAAGAGGCCGUCUAUGAACUAAGACAGGGAUCGGGCGGGCGACCAGGACUAGUAUCAGAAAAGUCUCCUUUACCGAUCCAGACAGCCCUACCGACACCGUCGCCCGGGUUCAGCGGCGGCCCGCACUACGACUACGGCAAUGGAUACGGGUAUGGACAUGGAUAUGGUCGCAAUGGUGUAUAUGAGGAUGACGGGUUUUUUACCCAGAGUCUUACGUCUGGGUCUCCAGCUGUGCCGGGGGUUGUGCCUGACGGUAGGCCUGGGGGUGUGUCAGGCGGAAGGCCUCUGGGCGUACGAAGGAAACCGGUGCACAACAACAAUACUAGCUAUGGGAGCAGUAGGAGCCACUACUGA